CUUGACGGCUCCAGUCCGUGAGUCCGUGUGGUCGGUGCUGCCGGGCGGACCGAGUACCUGCAGGAGUACCAGCAGUACCUGCAGCAGUACCUGCAGUACACACAGGCAGAACCCACGAUGUCGGAGAACGUGGAGCAGAGCGACGACCUCGGCCUCCUGCACCCCCACGAGCUGGAGCCCCCGAGGGAGGAGGACGGACACUGCCCCCUGCCCUUCAGGCUGCAGCUGAUCGAUGAUCUUUCCUACGAAGACGUGAAAAAGUGUUACAGAGGAUCAACGGUCAGCAAGUACAACUCUCAGUACCACAAACUGUUCCAGACGGUUCCUAAAGAGGAGAUCCUGAUGAAAGUGUAUUCGUGUGCUCUGUUGCGAGACAUCCUGCUGCAGGGACGACUCUACAUCUCCAGGAACUGGCUGUGUUUCUAUGCAAACCUGUUUGGUAAAGACAUCAAGGUGUGUAUUCCCGUGGUGUCGGUUCGGCUGGUAAAGAAACACAAGACGGCCGGCUUGGUGCCAAACGGCCUGGCUAUCACCAUGGAUACGGCACAGAAGUACGUGUUCGUGUCCCUGCUGUCCAGAGACAGCGUGUACGACGUCCUGCGGAGGAUCUGCACUCACCUGCAGGUGAACGGGAAGAGUCUGAGCCUGAAGCAGUACCUGGAGGAGCCCAGCUCUCUGUCCAUGGACGAGUUCCCCGAGGUGCUGACGUGGAGGAGGAAGCCUUCGCUCCCCCUCGUCUCCUCCUCCCUCCCAGACCUGCUGGGUAGCUCCUCCCCCGGCCUCGCUGUAGACACGCCCUUCCUCACGCACACGCUCACAGACAGCAGUUUGGAGACAGAGACCAUCCUGCUGACAGAACCAGUACCUGAACUGGGUCACAUGGAGAACCAGCUGCUGAGACUCUUCAUCCUGCUCGUCUGCCUGCUCGUCCUGUCUUCCUGCUACUUGGCCUUCCGAGUGUGCCGCCUGGAGCAGCAGAUGAGCUUCCUGAGCAGCCAGCCGGCGCCCAGAGAGAGGUGUGGGGAGUUACCCUGCUGGCUGGCCAAUCAGAGGACAGGAACCUGACGCCGGGAGCCAAUUGGGG